AUCGAUGAUUCUGUCCUCUGCCUCAAGUGGGGACAACACCUAUCUAUAUACUCGCGCCCAACUCCCACCCAAGCCUUCAGAAUGCCAUCCCCAUGCACCCCCCAAACCCCAGCUCCACCAUAAGGCCACCCAAGCGCAACGCCAAAACCCUAUCCCCGACAACACAAGCACUCUCGGAGCGAAUGAAAACCCGCCAACAUCAGCAUCGACCAACGGGGGAGCACAAACGCUAUCUCCGCCGUCACGUCCGCCGCGCUGAUUCGCCCCACGGCCUGCACAACGCGUGGCAAAACUCCGUUGGUGCCGUAUUUUCCGACCACCGGUGCGGUGAUAACUGGCCUGUUGUGCCUGAUGUGUCGAGUUGCCCCGCACACUUUCCUCUCCGCUAGCGGCCAAGAAGAUUGAAACCCAGGCAGGACGGGGUUUAGACCGGCCAAGAUGCAGGGGGUGUGCUGUUGGCGGAGUCUAGAUUCUGCAACAUGUUAUCGCUGGUGUGAUACCAGGCAGGGAUGACGCAUAGUGUUGAGAAC